GGCUGGGCAAUCUUCCACUCGCCACAACAACUGACAGCCACCUCCAUCAAUAACGACGCCACCUCCACCAAUAGCGACGCCACCUCCACCAAGUGACGCCAAAGAAUACGAACUUGAACGACUAUUCAAGCACUCCACACGAGGGAGGACAGAGAAGGGGAGGUGAUGGGGGUUGUGAAGGCUGUGGUGCUGACGCAGGGGUUCCUCCUCCUGCUGCUGGUGCAGUUGCUGCUCUUGCCACCAGUCGCGUCUGCGGCUGACGUCACGCAGACUAGGCUGGACGACGGGGAUCCUGAAAUAGAUCGUACUAUCAUCACUGAUCUGAUUGAAAAGAGGCUACGCGAAUACCUAAGUCAAUAUGAAGGUCUGCACAUCCCCGAGCUGCCCACGCUAGACAUCGAAAACUCGGACAUAAUCAGCAUCGCCCUGAGCCUCAACGACCUGACCCUGACUGGAGUGAGCAAUGUUAACGUGCUAAACUUUACCCACGAAGGCAAUUCACACAAUGGCAGCCAAACCCUCAGCAUGGUCCUGCCUCAGAUAAGUCUCACCGUUGGUGCAUACAUCUCCGCGGGCCACAUCAACAAUCUCCUGUUCAACGGAGAGGGUCCCAUGAGCCUCACGCUUUACGACCUGUCUUUGAUCCUAACGUACGACUGGGAUAAGCAUACGAUAACAUAUCUUCAGAGUUGUGUGAAGGACAACACCACCAAUUUUGAUCUGAAUCUUCGUCGUAUGCAGGUACAUUUUGAAAACCUAAAUGCUGGGACCGAUCAAGGCCAACUGAUUGACAUUGUGUUUUCUUCCUUCGGGCCCGAUAUCGUGGAACACCUGGAGAACUUGCUCAACAACUCUUGGUACGACGUUCUGGAUGACGCCAUCGUUAACCUUAUCAACAACGCUACCAAAUGCCCUGAACUUGAAGAAACGCCUCCCAUAGAAGAGGCUAUUUCAAAUUUUGCUCUGGUUGUGGAAGAUCUUCUGACAUCAUUCUUUGACAUUAAAAAAGCUUAUUCAGUGGAAUGAGAAGGUCAGUUACAUGAAAAUAAGAGGCAACACUGGAAAUACUGUGGUAGGUGCAUUUGUCAUCUAUUUGAUGUUAAGUGUAACAAGCUAAUGCUCAAGUAUUGCUGGCAAGAACAGUUUUGGUGUGUGUGUGUUGCCUCUGGUACUUUAUACAGUUCCAACUUCUGUCCAACUUAGAUUACUGCCAAUCUGGGUGGUCCUGGUUACCCUUCCCUUUACUGCAUAAAAAUAACUGGCAAUUUUUUUAAUUAGAACAUUAUUAAUGUCAUAGUACAGUAUAAGUAAUUAUCAAAAGGUACCAAGCUGGGGGUGUGUGUAAAUGACAUGCACAAGCAAUUGGAAUGUACUUCAAAAAUCCCUCAAAAAAUUAUUUCCCCAAGGUUGGGUGAUGGUUAAUUGAUAUAGCGAGUUUAAACACAAAGGCAAAAUGUGUGCAAAUUGGGCCUACAUGUAUUUUGACAAAGUGCUGUACAGUCUUCAGUUACAAGAAUUAGACUUAUCUUGAUUUUUAGAACAGAUUAAAUAAGUUCUGAUGUUUACCAUUUUUGCUAUAAAAUACUUUGUAACCAAAUCAUGCUUCUGAUUUGGCUCCACUUUUAUUACAAGUCUUCUGAAAUAAAAUCUUCAUUUCAUGAAAUAAACACUUACAAAUGAUAUUAAAACUCCUUUAAAGAUUUCAGUGAUCAUAUUUUAUAUCAAAUAAUAUACCUUCAGAUAAAAGGUCUUUGCCGACAGGAUGUUUGCUCAGUACUGCAGGAUAAAUAAGGUUUCACAACACGCUAAGGUGUUAACCCAUAACCUCAUUACCUAAUUAUAUUCAAUUAAUCAGAUCCAGAUUCAAUAAGCAGGAACCCUGUAACAUUCCACAAUGUUUUUUUUUAAUAAACCAGAAAUUGUAUAUACGUAAGUACAGUAUAUACUAUAUAUAUAUAUAUAUAUAUACUGUAUAUCAAUACAGUACAUAAUAUUUAUUACAAAAGUUAAGACAACAUUUCCUAAAUGUUAAUGUUUAUAUGUAACAUUAGUUUCUUAGCUAAGAAGUUCUUGAUAAACCUGGUCAUUUGACAUUAUCCCACACAAGUUUCUUGGGUAAAACUCAUGACCAUUAGUGUUUUACGAUGAAAAUUGAUAUAAUUAUUACACUGAAAUAGUAAUUUUAAUCUGUAGGUAGCUUAGAAAAAAAUUAAACUAUUAAUAUUCCCUAAAUAUAACAUUAGUAACAUACUGUAGUACUGUCAAACAAUGGUAGCUGUAAACUGCUGACAUACAUAAAUAACCAAACUGUAUUAAAAACCAUUUAAUUAUUUACCCCAAUUGUUUCUCACGUGAACAAUUUGAUGAUUGCUGUCAAGUCCCCAUUUCCGAACCUGAAUUUCUCUGCUACGUGUCCGAGCAAACAAGGCAAUCCACAAAAAUUCGUUACCAACCCUCCAAACUUUGCUAAAACACACGCCUUACUCUCCUGGCUGGUCACCCCAAGAUGCUACAAGACAGACCAGCUCAUCCUCCUGUUUAGGUAGUACUCGCAGUAACAACGAGGACGUAUAUUAAUUAACGUAAAAGGCAAUUAUGAAACGGAAGUGGGGCAUUAUUGAAUUUGGACAAACUGGGAAAGUUCUUGUAUAGAUGUUGCAAAGAAAACUUUACCUAACCUUUAUAGGCCUAGUACAUGCUAUCCAAGACCUAAUAUAGUAUAUACCCUGUAUAUAUUAUGUUAGGUCUAGGAAUAUUUAAGUUUGGUUUUAGCUUUUCUUCACUCUUGUAAAGUGAAAAGUACCAAAUUCUACUAAUUGUCUAUUACGUCUCGGUAUGAUAGAUGGUCCAGUUACAAAAUGUAUUAUUUAGAGCAGCUUCUCAGAAUUGCAUGAAUUAAACAUAUUGAACAAU